AUGGAUGUCUUCAAACCCGCUUUGGACGAUGGUUUGAGUCCCAGGGCGUGCGUGUCCUCGUCUGAAGAAGCGGAGGCAGAUGUUUUCCGCUGGCCUACACCGGAGGACGGCAGCAGCAGCGCCGCGCCGGACCCGCUCCCCGCCGGUGCUCCGGGUUUCUGGACCGCCGUGUUCGAUUAUGAAGCGACUGCGGAGGAUGAGCUCAGCCUGCGGAGGGGGGACCUGGUGGAGGUCCUGUCCAAAGACUCUCUGGUGUCCGGGGAUGAGGGCUGGUGGACCGGCAUGAUCGCAGACCGGGUGGGCAUCUUCCCGUGUAAUUAUGUGAGCAAAGGAAACGGCAUACCGGAGGAGAUCCGGGACACCCCGGAGCAGCAGUACUCUGUGCCUCCACUGCACCGUGAGUAUCCCAUUGUGCUCCAAAGCUGAGGUUCAGGUCCUCCUGUGUUUGUGUUUGGACUGAGAGUGCUGUGUCAUGGCUCCAGCUCAGUCCUGGUCCCUCUCAGCAUCCUCUCACUCUCAGGACCAUCAUUCAUCAAACUCACAGUAGCAGCAGCAGCUGCGGUCACUGAGGAUGCACCCCGCCUCUGUGCGCUCAGAUUACAACACACAAUGUGCUGCAUCAGCCAGAGUGGGCAUGCAACUCCUCCAUGAACAUGCAGAAAUCAUCAGGAGAGGUUUGAUUCACAUUUGAUGAGCCUUCAGAGAGUAAUGAUGUGUUAAUUCUGCACCAAAACUGAAGACAGAGCGCUUCUGCAGCUAAAUGUGCAGCCAAGGCCUCAGACUGAUCCAGUGAGCAGAAUGAAGUGCAGCCACAUGCAGAGCACAAAGAGAAGACAGACCUACUUCUGACUGGUCUUUAUGCAAAAUCAUGAUUUUGAUAAUUUAAUGAAAAAUCUAAUUUAUAAGGUCCGUCUUUGCUUGUUUGAGCCACGACCCCCUGCGCUUAAACAACACCGUCCAUUUGAUUGUUAUUUGCAAAAAAGCGUUUUUCAGUUUUGCUUCCACUUCAGGGUAGAAAUACUCUCCACACUUACCUGAAAUUGUCUGAAUUAGUUUCGCUAAAUUACUUUCUUCUUGACCAGGUCACUCUUGUAAAUGAGACCUCGAUCUCAGCGGGUUCUUACCUGGUUAAAUAAAUCGAUAAAUGAAUGUCUGAGCACGCAGGUAAAUGAAAUGAGCGCGUCUGUCUUUGUCGGCGCUCAUGUCUUCAUCCUCAGCAGCAGCAGCUGGCCUACUUUCACACAGCAGCAGCAGCAGCAGCAGCAUCACACCUGAAAUAUUCAUCAAGGUCAGUCUGCCUCGUAGACUGUCAGGGAUCCACAACAGGAGAGUGUAGAGACACAAAGACCGCCUGCUGCAGCUUUCUGAGCACUUAAAGAGGAGAGGGUCUUUUUUUAAACAUCCAGAUUUAAGGACAGAUGCUCCUCUGUGUGAGAGCAGGAGGGGGACAUCCAGCAGAUCCUGUAUUUGGGGCAGCCGGGUGGCUUAGUGGAAACAUCCUUCAACUGGAUGACCUGGUUUUAGAUCCUCGUUGGAGAGAUCCUUCUGCUGGAAAGUGAAAGAGGGAUUCUGGAGCAGCUUCAGACGCUCUCACCCUGACCUAACCCUGGUGUCCUUCAAAGACGGAGACAGUACAGGGUUAUUUUUACUGUCUUUUAUUAAGUCUGGAGGACUGAGGCUGAAAAUGAGAGACGUCUGUGUCAUUCAGAGUGAUCUGGACUGACACGGUGGUUUAUGUCACCAGUUUCUGUCUGAAAUUCAACAUGUUGAUGGUGAUAAAGGGAUGUUUGUUAUUCUCCAUAGAGAUAAUCUAAAGUAGGGCUGGGCGAUAAAACGACAACGAUAAAUAUCGAAAAUCAAAUUCCCUCAAUAUCAAUAUUAAACACGGUCAGUAUGCUUUUCGAUAGUCUGCUGUGUUUUGGUAGAAAUGACGAUGAAGGCUCAACAGAUGACGACAUCGUUGACAUCACUGGCAUGAAAAUGUCGGUGGUGUGGAGGUAUUUUGGUUUUUUGAGGUUGGACAUGAAGCAGAGUAACCCGGGAUUGCUACCACAUCUGGAACGGCGGCGAUUUUCACCGUACGCCAACUCCUACUGGAUCCAUUUGUGAGGUGAAUUUCAUGGCGGAUUACGGACAGCAGGAAUAGAGGGAACCCACAAGAACCUGCAGAUUCACGUCCAAUCACGCGAUAAGUUACCUUUAGCCACAGAGGCUAACCAUAUAAGCAGUAGAUUGUGUCCUUCCAGAGGAGGAAAUCUACUUCUAGACUUCUAGAAUCAGCAUCUCCUCAUCCAUGGUGUCAUCGGGGUGAAAUGACGUCUAAAAACCUUUCACUUGUUCGUCCCCGCCCGUUUGCAUGGUGUGAAACACGGAGUGUUUUAUUUUGAAAAGAAUCAGGAUGUUUUAUUUUGUGUCUGUGCCCAACUUCCUUUCCAUCCGGAUCAGCUGUGACUCUUGCGAUCAGCUGUUGAGUCUGGCGAUCCUCAGCUGAUCGUAAAGAAGUCGGUGGAAAUUGACACGUUAACUUGAGUGGUUACAAUCGGCUACGAUUGAUGGAUACGACCUUUUCGUAGCUGUUCCAGAUGCGGUGGAAAUUGGGGGUCAUGUGCACUGCAAAUUAUGUCGAGUACAUGUUCUCGCAAGGUCGAGGAAUACCUCAAAUCUUUCUCACCACCUGAAGCAGCGCCACGCUGCAGAGUACACGCAACAUAAAAGGUUACAAACUCAGAGCGGAGUAAGGAGCCCAUGGCGCCUGUCCACUUCCUCUAGCGCAACGUCGUUUUACGACAAAAUGUCAAAGAGACACAAAGACCUCACAGAUGCAGGAGAUUAUUGUGUUGGAAAAGACAUGAAGACAUUUACGAUCUCGUGUCAUUUGGUUCGACCAUGUAGCUCCUGAGUCGAUAUGAAGUUGAACUGGAGGAUGACGGUGCAGAUGUGACGGUUCUCGGCCCCCGUAACUCUCAUAUCAUCAUGGAGGAGAUUUAAAAGCAAAACAAGUUUUUAAUUUUUUUUUGACUCUUUAACUUUGAAUCUCCGUAUUUGAUCGUGAUGAUCUUCAGAGGACACGUGUUCGUUAAGAUACCUGGUUGUGAUUUCUCCCCUCUUUCCUCCUUUCUCUCCUCAGUCCUGGAGAUCGAUUUCUCUGAGCUCACUCUGGAGGAAAUCAUCGGCGUAGGCGGUUUCGGAAAAGUCUACCGCGCUGUAUGGCGAGGCUCCGAGGUGGCAGUGAAGGCGGCGCGUCGUGACCCCGAUGAGGACCCCGAGCAGACCCUGGAGAGCGUCCGCCAAGAGGCCAAACUGUUCGCCAUGCUGAACCAUCCGAACAUCAUGGCCCUGCUUGGGGUGUGUCUUCAGGAACCAAACCUCUGCCUGGUCAUGGAGUACGCCCGGGGCGGCCCCCUUAACCGGGCCCUUGCUGGGAAACGGAUCCCUCCCUGCACGCUGGUGGACUGGGCUGUCCAGAUCGCCCGCGGGAUGCUCUACCUCCACAGCCAGGCCAUCGUCCCCAUCAUCCACAGAGACCUCAAGUCCAGCAACAGUAAGACCCCGACCCUCUGGUCUCUCUUUGUGGGGGGGGGGUUUCAGUUUUUAGAUCAGUGGAGGUUCGUUCGGAGAAGGAAGACAGACGCAGACAAGCUCUUAAAGGGAUAUUCCGCUACAAACAAGGUCUCGCUUGUUUGUAGCGAGACCUCAAGCCAGUCCAUUACGUUCUACAGCGGAGUUUCACAGCUCAAGGAAGAACAUUUACGAUCAUUUCUUCAUGGAAAUACAAUCAGACCGAGACGCUAAGGCAGAAGAACUACUGCGUCUGUAAAAUGAUUAAUAUGAUUAUUAUUACUUCAAGGAAAUGAUAAAGAAAUGAUCAUAAAUGUUCUUCCUUGAGCUGCGGCACCCCACUGUAGUCCGUAAUGGACUGGCCUGAGGUCUCACUACAAACAACUUAGAAAGAUACUCGGGACAUGGACUUCGAUGAUCCUCCAUACCAUCAGGGGUGCUGGUUUUGAGCUGAGAAAACACCAGGUGGUCCCUCUACGCUUCAAAACUGAGGAUGCAGCAUCUAUUAUUUCCAUUUCUUUGUAAAAAGGGUAACUGGACUUUCUUGAGAGUCAUCUGCUGCCGGCCUGAUGUCUCCUAAUCCUAAUUUUAGAGAGAAGUCAUAUGAAGGUUAUCCUUUAAUAUUUCCAGAACAAACAUCAGACGAGUAAAAGUGUGUCGACAAAAGACUAACUCGGUGUUACGGUGUGUUUGUCCCUAACUUAAUUUUACGCCGGAAUAUCCCUUUAAAGGGGUGACAAAAACGGAGGAAAGAGAUAAAACUAAAGAAGAUGUUCGAACGUUUCUUCUUCCUAAAGAGGAACUCUGCAGGUUUCUCUUUUGAUGCUGUUAAUAUUGUAGAACUAGACACUGCAGAUAAACAGACCAAUCUAAUCCAACACAACUACAUCACAGAAUAUCAUCAGUGCACGACUCAAACCUCGUCAGUGAAGGUCUGAUCACCGUGAACUAACCUGGAGUUUCUGCAUCUUCAGAGUCAGUCUGUUUGUCUGCAUCCACUCCAGGAAAUUCUGCUUUCUCAGUCAGGAUUUAAUGAAACAACUGUUUUUUUUCAGGGUUUCUACGCGAGUAAGAAAAAGAAUUUGAUCAAUUUCUAGGUCUGAAAAAGUUUUGAAGAUGAAAGAUAAAGUAUGAAAAAUAUUCAUGUUUCCAGACUAUAUUACCACAAUUCUUAAAUACUGUUUUCAAAAGAGAAAAGCAGAUUUUUCCAAAAAUAAUUCUAAAAAUUAUGGUAUAGAAAAGUAUGGAAAUUCCAACUGUGUAGGAACUCUGUUUUUUGUUUCUACGUUUGACUUAAUUUACCGUCAGCUGACCGAAUAACAACAACUGUGAAAAAGAUCUCUGAGGACCGGGGCUGAAGUGACAAAAAAAGGAUUCCUGUGAGUAAAAUCAAAUACAGACUUAUUAAAAAGUGGAAAAGUCAGCACGCUUCAUGUCCUCUGAGGGAUUUUGAAACAGGCUGAACAGUCAAAACAGCAAAACAACAAACAAACAAACCGAUUCUGCAGUUUUCUGUUUUAUUAUUCUGACUCUAAAGUGGGACGUUUUGACACUCCACCAACUUCUUAGGGUCACUUUUUUAUCAAAUAAAAGAACAAAAAUAUUGAUAUUAGUCAAAACUUGGAUUGACAAAAAUAAAGUCUAUUCUCAUCUGUGAUAAACUUAUGAACUGUCUCUAUAAACUCAGAGGAAAGGUCACUCACUCUGUCCUAAAGAGUGUUUUAUUCGUUAUGCUCCCCUGAACCUCCACAUACAAUGAUUAAAAUGACCCGCUGCCGUGAACCUGCUCACACUCACACUCACACUGAUAAUCUCUCAGCAGGAACCAGAGCAGAAAGCAAAAGGAGAGAGCUCGUGUGUUUGUGGAGCGGUUGUAAUCUUGCAUUUUACCCGACUGGAUCCCCUAAAUCCCAAGCCUAUUACCGAGGAUUUACCCUCCGCUCUGCCCCGGCCGCCGCCCGAUUGGAGGCUCCUAAAACACACACAGCCGGCCUCUGCCCGUCAUUGGCCCGUUCUGUGGUGAUCAGCUCAGGAGCUUCACUUCCUAUUGGCUGCUUCAGUGCGUUAAGUCAGACCAAAGAGUUGCCACCAUGUGGUCUCUGCAGGGGAAACCCCCGAGUCCUCCUCACAGAGCUGGACACCGGUCUGACGAACCUCUGCAGACGCCAGAGGAGACUUUGGUCUCUCUGUGAGCUCAGACUCGGGUUCCAGGAAGUCAAGUCUUGAUCUGAUUAAAAGCUGGUUUGUAAUUUUUUGAAUGUGAGAGCUCUUGGAAGUGAAUUCAAACAUAUUCAGGACCUGUUAGAGUUUUAGAGAUCUGGAGCCUAAAUUAACUUGUAGCUCCAUCUCCAGACUGACAAUCAUCCUCCAUCACGGUGCGACGAUAAUUUAUGCCUCUGGAAAUAGACGCCAACUCCUCAGUCCUCCUGGAGUAGAAGGUGGUUAGUGUUUAACUACAUCCACUGAGAUGACUGACUUUUCAGUGCAAAUUAACCUUUUUUCAGUGCCUGUUUACCUGUUCAUGUCAGUCUCAGUUUCACUGUAAAUACCAGGUCAAACCAACGCUCUACUCUGACCCACGUCAGCCGUAUGAACUUGAUUCGCUUGUCAUUAUAGGUCUUCUCGAGUGGCUGAGAAAACUUAAUGAUGUAGUAGAAAGUCCAACUUUGUCAGGUCUGUCCUUGUUUGUUGAAUUUAAGGUUUACCAGUCUGUCAGGUGUGUUCAAGGAAACUGGGAAAUAGUCAUGGGCUCUGUCUCAGGUGUGAAUAUUUCACCUACCUGACCUUGUCGGUCCAUGUAUUAUCUGUUUAUUCAAUUAUUCCAUUUAACCUAGUAAACAAAAACAAAAAAACAAGUCAAUAUUUUGUUUAUUUGUUUUUGUGUAAAACCAAAAAUUUUAAAAAUAGUGUUUCUUUUUGUAUUUUAACUGUAAUGUCUAAACUACAAGUGCGUUCAUGUAAGGCAGCGUGGGCCCGCAGUACGAGCUAGCAACAAUAAACCAAUCAAAGCCUAAUGCGCCUUACAAUCCAGAGCGCCUUAUGUGUGAACAUGGACACGUUAAUUCACAGUGCACCGUAUAAUCCAGCGCGCCUUAUGUAUGAUUACUUGUUGUGCUAACUGUCCGAUUUUCUUGGCACAAUGCGCUCAAAAAUCUGUCAAAAUGUGUAAGUACGACUUUGGUAAGCAACGGAGCCGCUCCGCUUAAUGGAUAUUCGGGGCAUUACGAUACCCUGUGUCGCUACCUGAUCGGCCCCGUAACUCCCGGGCUAGCAACAAUAAACCAAUCAAAGCCUAAUGCGCCUUACAAUCCGCUGCGCCUCAUGUGUGAACAUAGACACGUUAAUUCACAGUGCGCCGUAUAAUCCGGUGCGCCUUGUCGCCAGAAAAAUAUGGUACUUUGAGUUGUUUCUUUAACUAGGGAGAAAGAUAAGAUAACAAUAUAUUUGCACAUAUGUUUGGACUUAAAUAUCGUCAGUUGACGGCGAUGUAAGGCGUGUUUGACAAGACGUAGUUUUCCAGUUCAGAAGAAUAUGAGAUAUAUCCGAAGGCAGAAGGGACGCACUUAUGUGGUUCGUAUUUCAGACUGUAUUAUUCUCCCUUUUUUCUGUUUUCUUUCUCUUUUUUAAUCAAGUCAAUCAUUUAAGGCCCCCCCUGCAUGAGUCAGUGCCGGGGUUGGGCCCCCCCAGUCAGAGAAUGUGCUCACGCCCCUGCAUCCUUUCAAUACUGUUGAGUUUUCUUGUCGUUUCUCAUGCUUCAACACAAACAAAGUGACUCAAACCUCCUUUUUUACACCGCAGCUGCAGCCCGGUUCAGUUUAGAAGCCGUUUCUGUGUGAAGCUUUUUCAGAGCCACACACACGCACACACACACACACACACACACACACACACACACACACACACACACAGGCAGCAGAUGUAGGGGCGCUUCAUGUGCACCGCAGCCUGCAGACACACCCUCUCCACUGGGCACGGCCGCAGCAGAUGGCCUGGCUUUGUGGGGCUGAAUGGGGGUAGAGAGAGCGAGCGUGUGGUCAGGAGGAGCGGGAGUCUGCUGGGGCAUGCUGGGAACCGGUCUAUCAGAGUGAGAUGGUCCCGUCAGAGGGCCGUGUUCCUGUAGUUAAAGUGUGGUCAGUGUGAGUUUGUUUCAUCUUUCUCUGUCGUAGUCGCUCACUGUUUCUCCGCUUCUGUUUGCUCUCUUUUCUCUCCUUUCCUCUCCUUUCAUCACCGACUCCCAAAAACCGCUCCCUGUUUUGAUCAUCCACCACGUGUCCUUUUUGGUUUCCACAUGAUUUUAAAACCUCCUCCUCCUCUUCCAAACAUCACAACCCGGGUGGCGAUCACCUGAAACCUUUUUUACUUUACCGCCAACCUGCACGCAACCCUCCCCCUCUCCUCCCCAUCCUCUCCUCAUCACCUCCCGCUCCACCCAGUCCUGAUCCUGGAGCGGGUGGAGAUGGAAGACCUGAACAACAAGACGCUGAAGAUCACAGACUUUGGUUUGGCCCGGGAGUGGCACCGCACCACCAAGAUGAGCGCCGCCGGCACCUACGCCUGGAUGGCCCCUGAAGUCAUCCGCUCGUCCACGUUCUCCAAGGGUAGCGACAUUUGGAGGUGGGCAGAGGAGGAGGAGGAGGAGGAGGUGUAAGGGGGUAAUGCGGUAGAAAAACUGGUCCUGAAACAGAGAGGAUCAGCUUUUUACCCAGCAUGCACAUGGAAAAGUUGAGCUCUGGCAGCGGUUGCCAAGUAACAGAGGCUGGUGGAUGAGAGAACAGAACGUCGUGUUUUUUUAUGAGACAAACACCAAACUAACCAGGAUAAAGAGUUUCUUUAACUGUAGAUACUCAACAUGGAUCAGCUCUUAUUAAAAAACUAACUUUAACGCUCUUAUUCUGAAAAUCUUCACCUCUUCUUCACCAAAAUAAAACUAUUCUGAGUCAUCAUUGAUAUUGUUUCAAAUAAAGUAGAUAGUUAUUGUCAUAUAUCAGCUGAUUUUACAGUAGGGCUGGGAUAAUAUGUUUUUCUAACGAUUCGAUUCUUCUACGAUUUUUUGGAUGCCGAUUCGGUUUAAGUUGCGAUUCAACGAUAUUGUCUAUUUUCUCGAUUUUUAGUCUGCAUUCUUAACACCAGUGAAACAGUUGAAUGAUUAUGAUUGUCUACUGACGAUUCCAGGAACCAAAUUUCCCCCCAAAAAUACACAUCACAUGUUACUCAGUUUUUAAGGUUUAAAGUCCUUUCACACUGGGAACGACGCAAAUAUACGACGUGAAAUUACAAAAUAUUCAGAGGCGAAUUUUGACGCGUCUGACUAUACACAUCAAGUGCGAUGCACUUUUGCGACUUUCCCGGAGGAAAAAGACGCAUCCCGGGUGGAAGUGAGAAGACUGCCCCAACAGCAGUAUAAAUAAUCACACGAAAAAAACGCUCCCAGUGUGUAAGGACCUUUAUUCUUGAAUUUAAAAAAAUUAUUUUUGAACAUAAAAAUCGAUUUCAAAAUUGUAAAAGCAAAAAUCGCGAUACUUAAGAUACAUCUGAAAACUGUCAAAAUUUAGCAGAAAUACGACCUGAAGUCCAAAAACAUAAAAUGUGGAUUUUACUGGAUUUGCUGAUAAUUUAUUUGAUUGAGAAAAGUUCAGAGACAAAGGCAUGUUGGUGUUUCAUCAACUCUUAUUUUACAACAAUCUGCAAACCUUAGUGAGCCCAACAGACCAGGUUCUGUAGACCUUAUUGAACCAAGCACACCAGGUUCUGGAGUUUUGAAAAGGACACGCUGUCCCUGAUAGAGGAUCUCAGCUGCUCAACGGUUCAGGGUCUCCUUGGUCCUGUUUUUGGGGGUCAUGAUGCUCCAAAUGUUUUCAAGUCAGGACCACAUCAGUCCACGACGCAGUAUUUUUUUUCAUGGGAUGGUAGGGGGAGGACCCGCCUCCUUCGCCUCUGAUUGGCUGUGAAACGUCAUCACAUGCUCAAGCGGAGCGCGGGCUGUCGGCUCUGUACAUCCAACAGAACAUUAUCACAAUUCUGAAUCUCCUAACCCUAACCCGACGGACGAUGACAUUUCACAGCCAUAAGAAAUAACCAAUCAGAGCCCAGCACUCCAAGGAGGGACCUAUCCUACAAAAAAGAAAUCCUGCGUCUGGGACUCUCCUCCUACAGAGCCUUGCUGUUGUAAUCCCCGGUUUGUCUUGUCUCUCUUCUUCUUCUCCUCUCUCAGUUAUGGCGUUCUGCUGUGGGAGCUGCUGACAGGUGAAGUCCCUUUCCGGGGAAUCGACGGUCUCGCAGUGGCUUACGGGGUCGCCAUGAACAAGCUGGCUCUGCCCAUCCCCUCCACCUGUCCGGAGCCUUUUGCACGCCUGAUGGAGGGUGAGGAAAACAAAUCUUUAAUGCUCUGAGCGACAGAUGGACGAACACGAUCUUAUAUUUAUGCAGAACAGGCUCCAAGUUUUGGCGAUGAGCAGCCGCAGGCGAGAAUAAAACACGAGUGUGAGUGUAUGUGCCAGAAAGAUCCCACUGAAGAUGAAUUAUUAAAACCGGGGAGAGGAUCCAAAAGAUUCAGUCUGUUUAUCCACUGCAGCAAGAAAAGCCUCUGGAAUAUCAUCAAAUAAACACGCCGCGUGUCUCAUCACUUCCUGGAAAGUCUAAGAAUAGUCAAACUGAGGCGGCGUUGGGUUUGUCAUCUCUUCCCUCAGAGUGCUGGAGCUCAGACCCUCACUCCAGACCGCAGUUCACGGCCAUUCUGGACCAGCUGACGGCCAUCGAGGAGUCGGGCUUCUUCGAGAUGCCGGCGGAGUCUUUCCACUCUCUGCAGGACGACUGGAAGCUGGAGAUCCAGGAGAUGUUCGACCAGCUGAGGACCAAGGAGAAGGUAAAGAGGAGGGGUCCUGAGGUCGAAUCUGGUUACAGUCAAGUCGAAUUCACAGCUGAAAGAAACGAGUGAAAAAUAAUCAAAAGAUGAAUCUGAAAACUGUAAAUUUAUCCAGAGAAGAAGAAGAAGAAGAAGAAACGUUUGAUUUAUCGUUCAGAUCUGACUCACACUGAGCAGCUCAGGCCUCCUGAUAUUUGACUAAUUUUUCUCCCUUCAUGUCCUCCCUCAGGAGCUGCGAUCGUGGGAGGAGGAGCUGACCCGGGCGGCGCUGCAGCAGAAGUGCCAGGAGGAGGCGUUGAGGCGGCGCGAGCAGGAGCUGGCCGAGCGGGAGAUCCACAUCCUGGAGCGAGAGCUGAACAUCAUCAUCCACCAGCUCUACCAGGAGAAACCUCACGUGGAGAGCAGGCAGGGCAAGUUCCGCCGCAACCGGCUGAAACUGAAGGACGGGAACAGGAUCAGUCUGCCCUCAGGUACGGCGAAGACCCCCGGGAUGAUGGACCAGAGGGUGUCAAGGAUCUGAACCUGGUUUUGUAGAUGGUUAGAGAUCGAGUCAGGAGUGUCUUCGUUUUAGUCCAGUUUUAGUCAUUUCUAUCCUUGAUAGUUUUCGUCUAGUUUUAGUCCGACCAAAACUCAAAAGGUUUUCGUCUAGUUUUAGUCGAUGUAAAGGUUCCUUUUGAGAUUCGUGGUGUUCUUUCCCGACAGUUUGAAGCAUGAGGAAGCUGUGGCUCCACAACUGUCGUCUGUCUCGUCUCCCCGUCCCGUGUUUUAUUGUCACUUUUAUUUUAUUGUCACUUGAACUGUAUCUGAAGUAGGACCAAAAAUCAUCCCUCUUUUUUCGGCCACCGGGCACCGCUGCUGUGCCUGCCGCCACGGUGUGUGUGUGUGCGCGCCUCGUCUACCUGCCGCUCUGUGUAUGUGAAUGAGUGUGUGCGCGCAGCUGUGCGCGAGCGAGGCUUUUGGUGUGUGUGUGAUGGGGGCGUGACUGUUAGGACAAAAAAAGCAUGUUUUGAAACUUUGUUCGUCCACCUAAUAACAAUUUAGUCUCGUCUCGUUCUCGUCUGACGAAAAUGAAUAUAAUUUUCGUCACAUUUUAGUCUUUACAGAGCUUUGGUGACGUUCGUCUUAGUCUCAUUUUCGUCAAGGAAAAAAGGGGUCUGACGUCGUCAUUUAAGUUUUCGUCCUGCCUGACGAAAACAACACUGGAUCUGAACCUGGUUUUGUAGAUGGUUAAAGAUCUGAGAGUAUAUUUUUGUGUAAAUCUGGUGUCUGAUUUUGAUUCUCAGAUUUUCAGCACAAAAUCACGGUGCAGGCGUCGCCCUCUCAUGACCGGAGGAGGAGUUUGCUCAGCAGCAGUUCCAGUCCUCCAACCAGUCCGCCGAUACUUACCCGCCUUAGAGCCAUCCAACGUAAGAACCACAGAAGACCGAGGAGUAAAUCUGUUCUCGCUUCAGAAGUCCGCUCCUCUGAUGCUUCCUUCUGUUUUGCAGUGAUUCCAGGGAGGGGUGUACGGCCUGGGGUCGCGGAGCAGGUUUCCAGCAGGACGAGGAUGAGUGUGAGAGGAAGGGGUCCAGGAAGAAGGGGAGAUCUCGAGGGGGAGGUCCGUACAGGGAGCACAGCGCUGAUGCCAGGUAAAGCUCGGACAUGAUUGAUCCUCAAACUGAUCUUCUGAAGACAUUAGAUCUUCACACUUUGAUGGAUUUAAACAGGAACAAGUUUACAGAUGGUCUGGUUUCUUGGUGUUCUGUCACAGUGUGAAGCCCCCUCAUGAAGGCAGCAGGCAGCGGUCCUGCAGCGCCCCAAACCUCCGCAGAUCCCCCCGACACAGUCCAGCAGUCCCCGGGGUGCCUAGCCUUGUGGAGAUGGGUGAGCUCGAGCAGAUGAUCUCAAACUUCUGUGUGUGUGUGUGUCCUUCACCUGAGGAACUGACAGCUGUGUGGAAACAAAGAGUCACACACACUCAGCAAACUGAACUCUGAUUGGUAUUUAAGACACAAAUGUCACACUAGACGACUCAACGUGGUUAGAAGGUCUGUUCCUGGGUUAGAUGUGUUUACCCUGUCAGUAACUCACAGGUGCAAUCAGGGAUUUUCUCACUUAAAGCCAAAAAAGAAAAAAAACCACCAAGGACCUUCUUGGAAUUGUGGAAAACUUUCUUGAGAUCUCAGGAGAAACUUUAUCAGAUCUCAAGAAAGUUUCUUCUAGAACCAUAAAUUUUCUCCAGAUCCUGAGAAAUUUCUGAAAACGAGAGUUGCUUCCUCAAGAUCUUUGGGAAACUCUUUCAGAUUCUGAGACCUUCUCAAGAUCCAACAGAAAUGUUCUUGAGAUCCAGGAACACUUUCUCAAAAUGAUAGAGAAACUUCCUCCAGAUCUGGAAAAUCGUUAUUGAGAUCCCAGGAAAACUGACACUUCAUCAGAUCCUGGAAAUUUUUUUUUAGAUCCCAGUGAAACUUUCUAGAGGUUCUUGGAUACUUGCACGAGAUCUAAAAAAAACUCAUCAAAGAACCCAACUUUCUGGAGAGCCAAAGAAGUUUGAUUAGAUCCUGAAAAAACUUGAGAUUCCUGGGAAGUUUACUUGAGAACCCAUGAGGCUUGUUUAAGAUAGCAGAGAAACUUUCUUCAGAUCUUGGUGAAACUUUCCUGAUGGAAACUUGGAAAUGUUGUCAAGGUCCCAGAAAACUUCUUUAAGAACCAUUUCUUGAGAAGCUUCCUUGAGAUCCCAGGUCAAAGUUGUUUGAAAUUCUGUGACACUUACUCAAGGUUGCAGAAAAAUAUUUCUCAAGACCUAGGAACUGUCUUGAGAUCCUAUUCCAACUUAUUCGAGAUGUCUAGAAACUCUUUCAAGAUCCUGAGAGACUUUCUUUUGACUUUUGGGAAUCCUUGUCUGAUCCUGGGUAACCUUAUCUAGAUCCCACAGAGAUCUGCUCUCAGUAUCAGGAAACUGUUUAAAAAUCCAGGAGAAACGUCUCGAGAUCCUACCAAGACUUUUUCCCCCUCAACUUUCUUGAGGUUCUGGGACCUUCUUUGGUUCCUGGGGGAUCUUUCUCGAGAUCCUGACAGACUCUGUAGAGGUCUUAACACUUAAUCAAUCAGAUCAAUUAACCUGUGAGAUAAUCCAAGAUCUCCUUUCUGUCUUCCUUCUUAUUUUGCAGAGGAGGACUCUCUUCUUCCAUCUGCUUUACAGUUCUGUUGUUUUUAAUCCGUCACUGAGAACGAGUCAGUCCAGCUGAUAACAGAGAGACCUCCCCUCUCCUGUCUGGCUCUGCUUUUAUUAUUAGUUUUUAUGUCUGUUUCUCUGCCUUAUAUCAUGAGCCUCAUUUCCCAAAAGCCGAACUGGAGACAAGGACUGCAAAUCAGCCGUGGCAAUAAGAGGCCUGCGCACGCUGAAUCAGCACUUUAGUUCGAUAUUACAGCAGCAUCUACAUGAGUUUGUCUGUACCGAAUCAAUCAUACCUGAUAGUUUAUCAAAGGAGAACUGUUUUAGAUUCGGCACAAACUCGUCUUAAAGGGACGAGAUGAUCACACCUUCGUCCCUUUCUUCUGAACUCCAUCUCAGUCGGGUCUUGAGGGAAGCAGAUUGCUUCUAGUUUCUCUUUUUUUGGUACACAUCUGAGAAAAUGAUGCAAUUGGUAUGAAAACCGAACAAUGCCACCUCUCCUUUCCCUCCUCUUUGUUGUUUCUGGUACGAAAGCGAGGUUUCAGGAGAUGACAUCGGGGGGUUGUUGUUGUGAAAGCUCUUCUGUUUCAUCUUGGCUGCUGGAUUCCCUUCAAAUGCUUUCUAAAUGCAAAUCCUCCUGUCGUGUUUACGGUGUUGGAAACUGUGAUGGAUGUAGACUUCCUGUCAGCAGGUUUGAUGUCGGUACAAACUGAUGUGUAGAAACCACUUCCUGCUAACCUGAACCGUCCUGUCUUUAGAAAAUGAAGACUGCUGCUUCACCACGGAGCCGGGGGCAGCUCCUGGUCAGUCCUACCUCUGCCUCCCCUUCAACAAGGACUCCCACGCUGCUGCUUCCGCUGAGGCUGACGGGGACGAGUACUGCCCAGCCGCACAGGUUCCGGGAACGCCGCCGUGCAGGAAGAGCCCAGGAGGGGGUCGGCGGUCUGACCUGGUCCUGCUGGGCUGUGGAGCUCUGCUGGCAGCUGUAGGACUGGGCUGCAAUCUGCUCACGUUGGCCCAGCCGGAGGAGAGCGUUAAGUCACGGUGGGAGGGUUUCUUUCACAGAACAGGGGGUCAAAGGCGGAGCACAAGCCCCCAGACUCGCAGACUAUUCAGGCGGGAGAGUCCGCUGAAACCCGCGGCGCCAUCGCUGCCCGAGCGAGGCCUGCCCGCCUCCUGCACUCUGCUGUCCUUAUCCUCCGUGUCUGACUGCAAUUCCACCCGCUCGCUGCUGCGCUCCGACAGCGAGGAGCUGUUGGUCUUCCGCCCCGCCUCGCCCACUCGGCCUCGUGUGCCGCAGCAUCAAACCCCGGUCAACCCGCUCGUCAACACCCACCUCGAGAGCUUCAAGAGGAACCCCAGACAGUCCCUCACACCCACACACAUUCCCUGCGCCCCGAGCUCCUCACGCAGCCUGAGACGAACGCCGUCAGACGGGGCCAUAAAGAAGAGCUGCCUCCCGAAUAACCUGGAGCCGUUACCUGAGAAGACGGCGUUAGAGAGCACAGGUAAAGGUCCCAAAAAUUCCCAUUUUUAUCAACAAAUCAAGAACGUUUCACAAUUCUAACUUUGAUUUAUCGUCUUCUUUCGCCCCUCGUUGUCGCCAUCGUGACUUCAACAGGUGUCUUCAGAGGUUUGAAGGAGGACUGUCAUGAGGUUCCCCGGCUCCCAGACCCAAACAUUGUGUUCCCUCCAACCCCCCGCCGUCGCUGUGCUCCCGAACGCCCCAAAACCCUAGACUUUGUGGCCCGGCCUCGGCCUUCUCCGCGUGCACGCUGUGAGGUGUUUUGGGCCGAGACGAGGCAACGGGGAAACGGACAUAACCUGGGUAAUGGCGAGUCCCCCGCUCACACGUCCAGCACAGAAACGCCUCCGACUGUGGAGUUCGGCGUAGACCCAGCGGUGCUUCCUACCCCGAUGGAGGCCCCGACGCCUUACUCCCCACGCAAGAGGGAAAACCUGUUGGAUCAGCUGGAUGAGGGACAGUGCCGGGAUGGGACUGUGCCGCUCUGUAGACCAGAGGUUAGCUUUCCCAAAGACUCGCCAUAUCGCUACAGACCUGGGUUCUGGUCCUAA